AUGAAAUCGGUACGAGAUGCCCCAGCUCCGAAGCCAGAGCGACUGGAAACCCUCAUAGAUUUCGGCAUGGCUGUCAGGAACUUAGUGAAUCACCUGAUUGCAGCAGAUCAGCGAGCUCAUCUCUCCAAUCCCGUGCUUCUACAAGAGUUGGUGGAAAAACUUCCGGCCAGUGUUAAGAUGCAGUGGGCUCAACAUUUGGUUCAGUUUCCCGAAGCAACAUUACAAACCUUCAGCAGUUUUAUGACAUCGGUCGUAGAAUCAGUGAGCAAAGUUGUUGUUUACACUGGCCAAAGAUCCGAAAAAGCGAAACCAAGAGAAAAAGGAUAUGUGCAUUCGCAUGUAGAAACCACCGAACCUGAAGAACAGAGUCAGUUCAAGAGUGAAUCUCCGAAACCCUGCCUGGUCUGUAGUAAAGGCAGUCAUCGUGUUAAGGAUUGCGAAGCAUUCAGGAGCAGCAGUACCGAUAGCCGAUGGAAAACCGUAUCAUCAUUGAGACUCUGUCGCUGCUGUCUAGGACAACAUGGACGAAGACCAUGCAGAAGUUCAUCUCGCUGUGAGAUUGAUGGAUGCCAGUUUCGGCACCACCCACUGUUGCACACAACGACGACUGCAAACACCAACAACCCUUCGGCUUCGAUAACAACGGAAAGCCACACGUAUCAUCACUGUGGGCAGUCGGUUCUAUUUCGCAUCAUUCCGGUGAGAAUAUACGGACCGUCAAAAGCGAUUGACACCUUCGCAUUUCUGGACGAGGGUUCCUCAGCAACGCUGGUGGAACAAAGUCUAGCAAGACAAUUAGAUCUAGAAGGCCCAGUGAUCCCCCUUUGUCUAAAAUGGACUGCUGAUAUGUUCCGCUCCGAGGAAAGUUCUAAAAUAGUCUCGUUCGAAAUAUCCGAACAAGGAAGCAAGAAGCGGUACCGUUUGAAAAAUGCAAGAACCGUAGAGCGUCUGAAUCUACCUUCCCAAACGAUCUGUUUUGAUGAGCUUCAAGAACGAUAUCGGCAUUUGGCUGGAUUACCGAUCCGCAGCUACGAUAAAGCGGUUCCUCAACUACUGAUCGGAUUGCGCAACCUGUCUCUAGCUGUGCCACUGAAAAUUAAAGAAGGAAGCGGUGGACCAAUAGCAGUGAAGACACGCGUUGGAUGGUGCGUAUACGGAAGCUUGGUGGAACAUCACGAGACAAAUCAGUUCAGCUACCAUAUUUGCGAUUGUGACGUUGACGAGAGAUUGGAUAAUCUAGUCCGCGAUUACUUCAAUGCAGAAGAUGUGGGACUUAGAUCGAUCGAGCCAUUGGAGUCGGAUGAAGUUCAAAGAGCCAAACGUAUUCUCGAAUAUACCACGUACAGAGAUGGGAACCGAUUCUUCACAGGUCUGUUGUGGAAACACAAUAACAUUGAGCUUCCUGACAGUUUCCCAAUGGCUCUUCAACGCUUACAGUGCUUAGAGAGGCGCAUGAUUCGUGACCCUGUGCUGAAGGAUAACUUGCAUGCACAAUUGCAAGAAUAUCAGAACAAGGGAUACGCCCACCAGGCAACGGAAAUAGAGCUGCAUGAGGCAGAUCCCAGACGCACAUGGUAUCUUCCACUGGGCGCUGUCGUUAAUCCCAAAAAGCCUUCGAAGGUGCGGUUAAUUUGGGAUGCAGCCGCGAAGGUGGAUGGUGUGUCGCUAAACACCUUUCUUCUCCCGGGACCGGAUCUUCUUGAGUCCUUACCAUCUGUACUGUUUCGGUAUCGUCAAUAUCCGGUGGCAGUCUCCGGAGAUAUUAAGGAGAUGUUCCACCAAAUUGGUGUCAUCACAGCUGACCGCCAUGCUCAGCGCUUCCUCUGGCGCGAUAACGAGGCUGAACCGCCAAAAAUAAUUUUGAUGGAUGUCCUAACUUUCGGAUCUACAAGCUCACCUUCAUCCGCACAAUUCGUUAAAAAUAAAAACGCGAAGGAAUACGAAUCGCAAUUCCCUAGGGCAGCGGAAGGCAUCAUGAAAUGCCACUAUGUCGACGAUUAUCUCGACAGUUUCGAGAGCGAGGAAGAAGCAUCGUUAGUAGCGAGGCAGGUUCGACAGGUGCACUUGAACGGCGGGUUUGAGAUCCGCAAUUGGUCAAGCAACAGUGCGACUGUUCUGGAUCAUCUGGGAGAAAAAUCGAAGGUCACGAUGAAGGAUUUGACAGCAGCGGGUGGUGACCAAGGUGAAAGAGUCCUCGGCAUGCUCUGGAUAACGGAAACUGAUAUGCUACGCUUCUCUACAACGAACGUUCCGGCCGGAAGUCGAGGCACUGAUACAUUCAGGAACCAGACCAACAAAAAGACAGAUACUCAAGACAGUGAUGAGCCUGUUUGA